AACGAUAAUAAAUAGCUUGAAAACCCUCCUCCUUGGACUAAUACGUGUACCCAUCCGUUGUGACAUAUACUUACUAUUAUGUGUGCUCUAUUAACGAUAUUGUAGAAACUAUCCACACAGAAAGCCGAAUUCUCCAGCCAAUAUGCCCAGACGUUCCUCCCGACUCGACCUCCGAUCAGCGGCUGCCGAACAACAAAAGAAACGAGCCUCUGACAACUCGUUUUCCACCCCAGAAGCAACCAGAAAGUCAAAACGACACAAACUAGCUAAAGAUAAACACUCAAUCAAAACGAAACCCGCCAAAUCGACUGAGGAAAAGAGCAGAUACUUCAGGAACCAACCCCUGGGAAGCCUGGAUGCGGAGACCACAGAACUCUCAGGGAUAUCUUCUACUACACCAUCUGCUUACGAAGAGGGCGGCGAGAACUCCCUUUCUGUACCAUCAGCUACAGAUGAAUCCGAAUCCGAAUCCGGGUCUGGACCUGCCAAAAGGCGCGGUGGUUGGGGUUGGGCAAGCGGACGGAAGAAAGCAGCAACAACCGCACAGGGCGCUGCCAGGGUAAAAGCCGGUUCAUCUGCUAAGCCAGCAGAAAAGGGAAAGGAGCUAUGGCGGGAGGGUGUGAAAACCGGUCUAGGACCUGGGAAGGAAGUUUUCAUUAAGCUCCCCAAACCUAGGGAUGCGGGUGAUACACUCUACGAGGAUCAUACAAUUCAUCCGAAUACAAUGUUAUUCCUCAAGGAUUUGAAGGCAAAUAACCAGCGCGAGUGGCUGAAGAUGCAUGAUGCGGAUUUUCGGACCUCAAAACGCGACUGGGACACAUUCGUUGAAAGCCUGACGGAGAAGAUCAUUGAGAAGGAUAGCACAAUUCCAGAAUUGCCUGCUAAAGAUUUGGUGUUCCGUAUCUAUCGAGACAUUCGAUUUAGUAAUGAUCCCACUCCGUACAAACCUCAUUUCUCGGCAGCAUGGUACGCGUUUUACGAGUUGACCGCAUUUAACCGCACCGAUCUCAAUGACGGCGCAGUCAGCCAAAGAGCAGAGCUGAUAAGCUCGGGCCUCUGGCAUCCAGAAGCUGAAAAGCUCGCCCUGCUUCGCCGAGACAUUGACCAGAAUUCACUACGAAUCAAGAACGUGUUGAACGCGGUGGACGUUAGGGAGGAGAUUUUCAACGGCAUUCCGAAAACUAAAAAGGAGGCCGUUUUGGCAUUUGUCAGUCAGAACCAGGAGAGCGCGCUGAAAACUAAACCAAAAACCUUUCAUGGACCCAGAACUUCAUCCCCAACUCUUGGACCAUUGGUUGGCUCAUUGUUGUCUCGUCCUCAUAUCCAUGUUAAUCCACGGGCUGUCUUUGAUGGAAGAGAGGGUUACGAUGCUGAUAACAAGAACAUCGAUCUUCUGCGGCUCCGUAGCUUUACUAUGAGCAAGAAGCUUCAGGACAAGGACCUGUUAGGCCCGACAGCCCGUGAUCGGGUCGCACGUAUUGUUGGAAUCAUGGAACCUUUCGUCACAUAUCUAAACAGUGUUGUGAUGCCUGACCCUCCUUUAGGGGAAGAUCAUACAGACGAUGAUAUCGAUGGAGACUCCGACCAUAGUGAAUCUGGCGAAGGUGCCAACGAACCAGAGUAG